UGCAUUUAUAUACUUGCAUAAAAUAUUUCUUUAAAGUCAAAUUACGCAUUUAAAUUCGUACUUGUUCCAGCACAGUGUUUACAAGCAAGUUCAAUGUUGUGUAAUUAGGCUAUAAGCAGUAUACUUUUUCGCCUUUGGUUGAAUGGGUGUUGGUCCCUGAACGCUGGAAUGGUGAUGGAACUCCUUGGUUGUGUAAGAUAUUUGGAUGGAUCCCACAUUUACCUCAGACCUGUAAUGGGAUUUUGAUUACAGUAGAACUUUAUAGAACGACAGGAUGUAUCUGUUCAUGGAUUAUAAAAACAAACAGCAAUAUUAUUAUCUACGGAGCACUUUGGAAUAUUCAAAUACCCCGGUAUACAGUAUUCAAUAUUUGUUGACCAAAUGUUUGCAGAAUUGUGCUCAACGCAUUAGUUUAAAUUAUUCUAGAAGCUUUAAGCUUUAAAUCAUAUUCUUUCUGAUUUCAUAGCUGAUAAAAUCUCAGCAGCAUUUUCUGGAUUUUCCUGUGAUGUGAAUAACAGACAAUGGAACAUUCUGUUUGUGACAAAUUUAAAUCUUUGAAUAUUGAAAUUUAUGCCGGAAGAGAUAAUGAAGGUGAUGCAAUCUUUCAACAACUGGUCAUUUAAAUGAUGGAUUAUGUUGGACGCUGAGGAAUGAUUUCUGUGGUUUGUUGGAAUUAUUAAUUUGAGAAACAAUGAGGUUUGAAAGAGAAAAGGAACGACCGUUGAGUAUCCGACCUUCGUCCGGAGCGGUAUCUUCCAUGUCCUACUUUGUGGUAUGGAUGAAGCAGCCAUCUUGUCUCAGUGGAGAAAAAGUGCCGAUUCACUAUAGAAGUAAUAAGAAACAGAUCGUGCCAGCUGCCGCCCUGGCUCACGAUCUUUCCACGCCCGAGUUACAGGAUCUCGAAGAAACUGGGCGUAAUUCACGCUCUAGUGCUCACCUUUCCCCUAAGACUCUGAAAGCACCUGCUUUUUUACCAGGGGACCGAGUGAUAUUCGCGGAGAGUCCGUCAGCCCCUGGUAUACCAGUGGUGUAUCGGACCCCUGAUGAAAGGUCUUCCAAUCCAGACAGACUCAACCUAGACAGACGGAAACUGACAGUAUGUCCGAUACUGGAGGGAGAGGAACAGCUUCGGCUGCUGAACUACCAACACAACAUGAUCAACAAGAUCCAGCACCUCAGCUCCCUGAAGCGUCUCAUCUUCCUCGACCUGUAUGAUAACCAGAUUGAGGAGAUUUCCGGCCUCAGUGCACUCAAGUCUUUACGGGUACUCAUGUUGGGCAAGAACAAAAUUAAAAGAAUAGAAAAUUUAGAAACACUUUGUAAACUGGAUGUGCUGGACUUACAUGGUAAUCAGAUUGCCAUGAUUGAGAAUCUGAGCCAUCUGUCAGAGCUUCGAGUGCUGAACCUCGCGGGAAACCAAAUCAGCUACGUUGACAAUCUGUCGGGUCUAGACUCUCUAGCGGAACUCAACCUCCGGCGCAACAGGAUCAGAACUGUGGUUGAUGUAGACACUCUUCCGAGCCUUCAGCGGUUGUUCCUCAGCUUCAAUGACAUCUCCAGUUUCGAGGACAUCGCAUGUCUGGGCGACUCCAACAGUCUGUCGGAGAUUACUCUGGAUGGCAACCCUAUCACCCAGGAACAGUACUACAAACAGAUCGUCCUCCGACACAUGCAGCAGCUCAAACAGCUCGACAUGAAGCGAGUCACGGAGGAGGAGCGUCGGAUAGCGUUGGUGAUGGCGCGGAAGGAAGAGGAGAAGAAACGUGAGGGGAGCAAGGCAGCUGUGUUGAAGGUAGUUUCCUCACCAAUAGUGCAGAGUGCUCCUCCUAUCACGGAGAAGAAGAGAAUCGCCAUUAACAACGCUAAACGACAAUGGGAGGUGAUGCAAGGUACGAUGAUGAACAGGACUGGCAAGCUCGUCAAAAUGCCAGAUAUCUACGCCAACCAUGUCGGGUCUGUGCCCAAUUCCGAUCUUGUCCAACCCAUGACCUUCAGUGAGGAAAACCUCGACCUUGAAUCAGUACAUAGCGAAAAGUACAGCAGUAGAGGUGGUAGUCGGCCCAGUAGUGCCCAGAGUAGCAACAUCAACGAUGGCAUGGAGGGCAACAAGGACCGACCUCGCACCAGUACAAACAGUGCCAACAGUGUCAAGAAGCUUGAACCUCAGAAGUGUGGGCAACUCAAGGAGACCAUUAUAUUCGGGCAAGGGGACACAACUCAGGCUGGAGGAUUAAACAACUUGGCUGACCUAGAAGGGGAAACGCUGACUCUGUACGGGGCCAAGUCCCUUGAGGGGCUGGACAGGAACUGGGGCAUGCAAGCUGCCGCCGCAAUAACACACAUCCUCUUCAAGUUUAUAGAAUUUGACGAUAUCGUAAAACACCUUCACAAAGUGCGGACAAGGUUUCCCGGUGUACAGACAAUAACAUUUAGUGCGACUAAUAUCAAGAGCCUAUCACAAAUCAACGCCCUAUCAAAUAUUCGUCGCCUUGACAACCUGACAAUAGACUUGGAUGGGAACCCGGUCACCAAGUUUACCUUGUGGCGGGUGUAUGUUAUCUUCAGGCUGGCACAUUUCGCUCUCAAAAAAAUUAAUGAUAUCGAGGUGUCAGCCUCCGAUAUUGUGAACGCGGAAAAGCUCUAUGGCCCUGUGUCACACAUCACAACGUCGCAGCUCCCUCAGUCAAGGCUGCUGUCUCUACUGGGGGAAACCAGGAGGAAGCAGCUCCUGGCUAUGAGCGAGGAAAAGUCCAAGAAAUUCUUGGAAGGAAAACUUGACAAAUCACAAGGGGAGUUUGUGGGGAGGUCUGGACUCAACUACGCUGGUCCGGACACAUCAACCUCGAAAUCAACAGAACAACAAGCCAAGAAGACAUUUGCCAGAUCAUACAUUAACGAGAUAGUGAAAGAGACAGUGUUUGCUGAUAGAAAGAAGAAUGAACUACUCAAACUGUGGCCAUCCAUUUUCCAUGAAAUGAUAUAUUCUGCGGUGGCCGACAUGGCAGAUAUUCAGGGAUAUGCAAAACGAUGUUUAGAAGAGAUAGAGAAGGGUAGCUAGUGAUGGCACAUUAGUUGUUAGUAGAUUACUUGUUUUCCUUGUAAUGUUUAUCCAGUUUAGGCUGGUGAAUGGUGAUUUUUUUGUUCAGCUACUCUGUGAUUGGCUUACUCGUUGCUUACACUGUGGAGACGUCGACACAACCAUCAGAAUGUAACGACAACUGCGAUUGGUUGCUGACAUGUGCUUAAACAACAGCAGCGAUUGGUUGCCUACAUAUUUGUUUAUAACACUUCCUAUGAUUGGUCACUUUAUUUGUGACAAGUACAGUGUUUGUAAUCCUAGUGUGUUACAAGGAGUUUGAUUGGCUGUUUGUAAUUAUGACAAGGAUGCUGUUGGUUACUGAUCAUUUGACCAUUGUCAGAUUGUGAUUGGUUCAAGUCUUAAGUGAGAAGCCUUGCUCAAGUCCCUUCUGAGACUUUAUAUAUUCUAAGUGCUUUUCUGCUCAAGCUAUAUAUUUAUUUCCACAGACAGUUCAUAACCUUACAUGCCAGUUUGUAUUGAUUACAUGUGCUGAUUACAUUAACACAUUUGAGAUGAAUAAUUUAUAAUUAACAGAUUUAACAUGGAAUUUUUCAUUCAACCAAUAUUUCUGCUUUAGGCUCAGUUUUUUGAGCAGGGUAAAAGUAUUUCACAAGCCACUUCAUAUGUGAAAGUAUUCUGUAGUGUCAAUGAGUGAGGAAAACCAAUCUGACAUCAUAACAUUAGUUAUAUUUCAUAUUUCAGUAAAUUCAAGUCAAUUGGAAUCUCAUAACUUACAUACCUUAAAUUGUGCCACUUGUAUUGAAUAUUUCACUUGAUCAAUCAAUGUGAAUUGUAAUUUGUUAUUGUGAUAUUCUGUGACCUUAAUAUGCAAUUGUAACAAAUUGACAAUCAUCUGUUGCAAUGUUGUAUGUUUAGAGGGGACAUUACUAUCAUUGUUUGUCUCUGUUGUAGUAUAUAUCAUUGUACCUACUGUGAUGUAUUGUAUGAAAAAUAAUGCCAUAUAUAAGUACCAUAUUCUUUCUGAUGCUAUCUUACACAUUUGAUUUGUGUUUAGAAUUAAGGGUGUAUGGUACCUUACACAUUAUACCUGCAAUUUGUGUAAGAGUUAAGGGUGUAUGCUACCUAACAUUUUACACAUGGGAAUCAUAUAAUUGUGCUACUAUAAACAUUAACAUGAGUUAAAGAUACUCACACAAAUUUCUUAAAGUAGAAAUCUUUUGGGAAGGAGAUACUCUUCACAACAAGGUAACAUUCAUCCUUAAAUAGCCACUUUGUGGUUACAGAAACAUUACACCAAUUGGCAUUUUGGAGAUUGAGAACAAUUGUUAUGUGUAGAUGACUCAAAAAAACUUGCAUGUAAAAGCACACCCUUGAUUUUUUUUAAACAUUAGUUCCAGUCUCUUUUUAUUUGCCAUUUAAGAAUCUUGACUGUCAUAUAUCAAAGCUUGCCUCACUGAUUAAUAUUCUGAUACUCACCAAAAAUCUUGCAUCCUGGAUCUGCGUACAUUGUACUUUCAAAAUUAUAACAAUAUUAUUUGGGGGGAAACUCAAGUGUCUAGACUAUAACAUUUUACUAUCAAGGGUUAAAGAUAGCCAGCAUUUACAGCAGUUUACGGAAAUUUCAAUUUACGUGUCUUUUUGUACAAAUUACUUGUUACGACAGAGUCAACUUGAUUAGGGAAUGAAAACCUUUUGAAUUAAAAUCUGCUGGCACUGGAAUCAGUUUUCGAAAAAGAAAUUUUUAACAAAUUCAAAAAGCAGUUUCUGAUGUAUGCAAUUUUGACUUUAUCAGUAAUGUCAUAAUUAUAUGCAUAAAAUUAAAUAAUCAUCUCCAAAGCUAGCCUAUCCUAGACUCAAAAUUUGUUGAACAAUUUCAUUAUUACACAGGACACAUAGGCACAAUAAUUUAUGGCAGUAUAUUACUCGAUACAUGUCAUAAUGUAUACUUCAGUGUCCUGUUUUGUUGUAAGUGUAAAAGUUAACGACAUUGUGGUUUAAACCAUAGCUUGAUAAAUUUUAAAUAUGGGUAUGUAUAUAAAUUAUUAGUUGCCACAUUUUCUUGUAUAAAUGAGUUGGAAAUAUUUUUUGAAUGAAUACAUAUGCGUAAGAAUGGAUGAGGGUGUGUAAAUGUGAGCAAGCGAAUGGGUUAGUAUAUGAAGGAGCUUCGGUGUGGUAGAGGAGAUAAUUUAUGAGUCGUGUUGGAUUAAUCUCACUGAUAUCAAAUUAUCUUAAGUCACUUUAUGUUAAUUUAUUUAUCUGUUCAGUUUUGUUAUGAAGCACGCAAAAUGAAAAUAAAUUAGGUUUGAGCUUUCCUCCUCCAGUAACGUCUCGUAAUUAAUGCCUAUUAGAGGGCUGAAAACAGAUUGAAGGGUUCAUAUGCUAUAUGCAGUCUCAGACAGGCAUACAUCUGCACCUUAGGGUUUUCUUUUUAAGAUAUGGCCAAUUUUGUAUGCUGUAAAUAGGGAAAUUGCAAAUGCUUGUUUUAUCAUAACAUCAUGAGAAAAUACUAACUAAUUUUUGGACAAGUGAAUUCGUCUGCAAACAGUUUUAAACAAUUCAAAAAGUAUAGUCCUUAAAAUUUUAACCUUUGAGUUUUUGAGAAAUUAAAACUUAAAUUCAUUUUGUGGCAAUAGGUUUUUUAUGUAUAGAAAACAUUUAUGCAGAUUUGUUUUAACAGUCAAAACAUUUUUCUUAAGUUGGACUUACGUAGAGUGUACCAUGAAAAAUAGCCGAUUUGCUUUUGAAAAAUAUUUCCCCUUCAUUUUUAUAGCAAUUAUUACUAAAAAGAAAAAUAUGCCUUCAAUAACUUUUACGUAAGAUGUGAUACAGAUGAAAAACAAAGACGAAUCAGCAUUAGUGUUCUGAGGGUAAAAA